UCUUCUUGUUUUAUUUUAUACACCAUCACCCUUUCAACUCAGCUUUCGCUUCCCAGCAAUCCAUGGUUCUCCUCUUCUUAUAGAAUGAAACAGAAGCAACAAUUACAAUGAGAAGCUCAAUACCUCCCCCUCCUGUUCUUGCCAUGAACAAUCACAUUUCCUAUAGAAUUCUGCAUAUCUUGUGAUCUGUUCUCAAAUCCACCUCCCUAUCGCACAUUUUUUCGUCAGUUUUGGUGCUAAACUAAGAGAUCAGCUUAGCCGUGAAGCAGACACAACCACAUGGCUCCAAGCGUGGACCAGCUUGGCCAACGUCCUUCAAUGCAUAUUCAAUGCCUGUUGUCCCCUCUCCGUAGAUCCAUAAUAUAUGUACCUCAACCUCAUUGCGGCAGUUAAACGGUAUUAGUUGCAGAUCGAGUUCAGCACUAAAAUGUAUGUGGUGGUCCUCAUUGCCACCGCCACCGUCACAUGAUCGUGCGGAUAUGGUUUCCUUCUCUCUCUGGUUUGUCAUCGAUUCAUGGAGACAGCUUCUUAGAUCAGCCUUCAUCUUUGCAGGAAGUGAGGCGCUCACGGUGGGUGUCAACUACGGGCAGAUCGCCAACGAUCUGCCGUCUCCCACCCGCGUCGCCGGCCUGCUUCGUUCCCUCAACAUCAGCAGAGUAAAGCUCUACGACGCUGACCGGAACGUUCUUACUGCCUUCCACGACACUGAUGCGGAGUUUGUGAUAGGAAUCGGCAACGAGAAUGUGUCGACGAUGACUGACCCAGGCAAAGCCCUGGCAUGGCUGCAACUUCACGUCCUGCCUUACCUUCCUUACACCAACAUCACCUGCGUUACCGUCGGGAACGAAGUGUUCAAAGGCAACGACACCCUGCUCAUGUCGAAUCUUCUCCCGGCCAUGCAGUCGGUCCACCAAGCUCUGGUCUCCCUCGGCCUUGAUAAGAAGGUGACCGUCGCCAGUGCUCAUUCCAUCGACAUGUUGGCCAGCUCCUACCCUCCUUCCGCCGGCUCCUUCCGCCAGGAUCUCUCUGCGUACAUCCAACCCAUCCUCGGCUUCCACUCCAUCACCAACUCGCCCUUCCUCGUCAAUGCCUACCCCUUCUUCGCCUACAAGGAAAACCCGAGCACGAUCUCGCUGGACUACGUCCUGUUCGAGCCCAACUCGGGAGUCACCGAUCCCAACACCAACCUCAACUACGAUAACAUGCUGUAUGCUCAGAUCGAUGCGGUUUAUUCCGCCAUGAGAGCGUGGGGGCACACCGACAUCGAGGUCAGGAUUUCCGAGACCGGGUGGCCGUCCAGGGGCGACGACGAUGAGGUCGGAGCGACGCCGGAAAACGCCGCCAAGUACAAUGGGAAUUUGCUGCAGAGGAUAGAGAUGAAUCAAGGCACUCCUCUGAAGCCUACGGUUCCUGUGGAUGUCUACGUCUUCGCACUGUUCAAUGAGAAUUUGAAGCCCGGACCGACCUCGGAGAGGAAUUAUGGCCUCUUUUAUCCCGACGGCACGCCUGUUUACAACGUUGGCUUGCGCGGCCAUCUUCCGUCCAUCGUCUUCUCUUCCAGCUCGCUGAUGAUGCCCGCUUUGAGCAUUGUGAUACUCGCGGUGGCAGCUUCGAUCUUAACCUGAAACCCACUUCUACAACUGACGGGCGAAGUGGAUGUGGAGAUGGUAGUCGAGCAUCUCGCCAUCCACUGAAUCCACCGGACCGAUGAUGCAAGGUUCAGAAUCCCUUCCACGCUGCAUUUGUCUGUGUUCAGCCGUUCCGAGGGAUAACAGUAGCCACAAUUUACUGGGAAGAAGGAGAAUUCCAACCAAGAUUCUUUUUCGGCAUCAACAACAACAACAAGAACAUAUAGAAUCUGUUGCUCUUUUGUUCUGAUAAGAAUAAGAACAGCAUGUUGAAUCAAGCUCUGCAAGAAAGACUACCCAGUGACUGAGCUCAAUUUGCUUGUUGAUUCAUGUCAAUUUGGAUUGUCUUGUGUGAUAGAACUGAACAGGACCUACUGAGAUGAUCAACUAUUGCAGUGGACAACAUGAACAGGACCUACUGAUCCACGAUUGGAAUCCCAAGUCACUGCAGCACUUUUGUCUCACCACACGACAGUUUGGGAUUAGAAAUAGCAGGAAGAUGCGAUGCUAACUUGUUAUCAUGAAACUAACAUGACACAGAUUUCUCA